ACACGGACCAACACGCCGGUCGUACUAGCGCUGGGACCCGCACACUUGGUUGUAUGUUGGGACUUAUUGGAUUGAGUGCUUUUAGCUUGAGCCGUACAGUUUGUGCAUGUAUUUAAACACACAAUGUUUCUUAAAGAUGUGGCACCUGUUUGCCAAUGUUGCAGAAAACGAAUAGAGGACUGCUUGCCUUGCUGUUGAUGGUGUUGGAGUGGACCCGGCCAGGCCUACCGUCCCCGCUGAGGCCGAUCUGUGACCUCAGGGUCCUGAACCAUUUCAUUAAAGAAGGACGAGACGCAGAAGUCGCUAUGAAGUCAUGUCGAGAAGGAUGUAGCCUGUCAGAGUCUGUCACUGUUCCCCAAACCAGAGUCGACUUUGAUGUCUGGGAGAAGAAAAAUGGAUUAGAACAAGCCCAGGAGGUGCAGUCUGGCUUAUGGCUCUUACAACAGGCCUUUAGCUUGCUACAGACCUCAGUCACCAACACAGCACUGCACAGCCACAUAGAUAACUCCAUCAGAAACCUGCUCAGCAUCAACGCUGUGCUGCGUAGCCUCAACAUCCAGGAAUAUACCCCACCAGCGAGUGCAGCAGGGCUUGAGGCAACAUGGACGGUAUCGUCGGCAACAGAUUUGCUUCAAGUCUACGUCAACUUCCUGCGAGGCAAAGUGCGCCUCCUUCUGUUGGAUGCACAGGCUUGUCAGCAAGAUGUCAGCUGAUCAGCUGAUCUCCCAACUCCAGGCGGAACUCACUUGUGUUUCCGAAGGCGAGAGGAGGGACACUGUUGACCUGCACGCUGGCUGCUGGAAGCAGCGUGCAGAAAGAGAGAAAGAUGCAGCUCUGAAAAGAGAGGACAGUCCCAGCUGGGCUUUGGAUGGACGGGAGAUGAUUGCACCUUUGAAUGUAGAUGUGAAACACGAACACGGUGAAGCACACACUGACCAAAAUGAGGCCUGUGGGAAGCACCGCUCCAAUUGCUAGUCUACUGGCACUCUCUUGCACUUUGUGUGUGGAUGUUCUUCUGUGUGUGUGUGUGUGUGUGUGUGCGCGCGCAUGUGUGUGUUUCCAGUGAGUUUGACCCCUUCUCACCUCUUUUGAGUGAAUUGUGGAGUGAAAAACCCAGAAAUUAUUGAUUGCACCUAGGAAUUGGAGUACUGUGAGGUUGUGACAGGGCAUCCAUUUCCAAUAUGACUGCAAAAAGGAAAAAAACGAAUGAGGCCUAAUCCCACAGGCCUUCUCAACUUUGCCUCACAGUGACUUCUCGGAUUGUUUUUUUUCCAAUUAAUAUUUUUAUAUAUAUAUUUGUACAAGUUGUGCGAUUACUAUUUAUACAGGUUUUCUACUUUUAAGCUCCAGUCUAAGUAUUUUUUGUGCGUAAUCUUGAAGAUUUUAGUCAAGCUCUAGUUGCCAUUCACUUGUGUAACACAUUUACAAAGCGGUUUGUUGGCAUCAUUUGCAAUGGCACGCUGCCGUCUAACUGUAUGUACUAUGUACCCGGCUAGCUGUUAGUUUCACAUAGCAUUUCCUUCCAACUAACAGAAUAAAGGACUAAAGAGUCAGUUCACAGUGAACGAGAGGUCGGUGAGGAGUUGGUCGGAGGGUUGCACGAGAUGUCCUUAUCUGUGUUUUUGUUGCUGCCUAACCAAAACUCAGCCAGUCUCCACACACUGAUAGCCAGACGGCCCGGAAAAAUGCUGUUUGCCUUUUACAAUUAACAUCCUGCGAGGCUGUAAUUGCAAAUUGUUUUCCACUAUCUGACGUUAACACUGUUUCUUGCCUUGAUCUAUUUGUUCGUCAUCAAACGGCAGGCAGGCAAUUAGUUAGUCAUGGGAACUUGAGGCUUUCUAUAAGAUUGAUAAUCAACUCCUUCAGACCGGUUAAGUGUUCUUCCUUGUUUUUUCCCUAUUUUUUAAUCUUGUUGUGCAAGAUGUUUUUAAGGAUGUUUGUACAUGUUUUCCUUCCUGUUAUUUUUUGUGUUGUUUUGUCCCAUCACUGUAUAAUUUGCUAUUUAAAUACAAAAUAUUAUUCUUAGAUAA